GACAUCCAUUAGUUUGCACAGACUACUGCUAAAUCAUUCUGAGGUGAUCUUGCAAACGGGGCAACAUUCUUUCACGAAGAUGGACAUUUUUAUCAUACAUUUUUCAUAAUGAUAAUUUAUGAAAUGGUUAUAUUUCGGAGUCUGAUUAAAUCGUUCUUUCUUUAUUUCCUGCUGCUAGCUAUAACCGGAUUCAACGCACAGUAUAUUUAAUUUCAAAAUGUCACCUAAGGUUAAAGAUAGAACUGAAAAACCACGUUUUACAUUAAUAUAAUUGAAAAAAGAAAACGUUUACUAACACAAAAUCUAAGGUGAUCACAUAGGAACAAGACAUUAUACAGGAAUACGGUAAUACUGACAACGCGCACAGCCUUUAACUGGUAAAUGCAGAACUAAUACUAUAUAGGCUAUCUAUAGGCUUCUGCUACCGCACAUUCUACCGAAUCUCUCGGUUCCUGCAUUGUCUGUACAGUCCCACCUGAGCUGCGCCGGUUGCCUUCGUUGCAGUAUUUGCUCUUGACAAUUGCGCAGGUAAAAGUAUAUCACAAACAUACUCUCUCUAAAUUGACGUUGAGAGCAAAUAAGCAGAUGCGUUUUAGCUUUGCUUGGUCGUCUUGACUCGCUGCUGGGAUAGCAACUGAUGCUGAUGACACGGAGCUCCUGCUAAAUCAAAAGUUUGCCAUUUCAGAGCAACAUUGAGCCUCGCCGUCUCGAGACGCAGCAACCACUGUUCCCUGGCUUUUGUAUUUAAAACAAUUCUAAAUCCAGCUGGAGAGAAGCCUCAUCGUUAGUGUUUUGUGGUUAAUCUUUCAUCGUUUGAGUAAUAUAGGUGUUAUUUCAGCUGGAUCAAAGGGGGAAAUUAAUCAGUCAGAUGGAUUGCAAAUACCUGGUUUGUUUCUCGAGGACAUUUACUAACUAAUAUAUGCUGGAAGUAAAGGCUAUGCUUAUGGGAACUCAGCAGUCCUCAACAAUAAGGAUCUCGUUGCCAGUCUCGCUACCAUGACUGAUGGCGAGGGGAGAGAGCAGUUCCACCCGCUGGGUAGCGAGGACGUCCAGGUCCCGAUCUCAGACUUGGGGCAGUGCCCGGCUCAGGGCGAGGACCCCGGGGAUGAGGAAGAUGGAGACAGCGCUGGAAAACCAGUUGGGGGGAGUGUGGGGUCAAGGGAGUCCGGUGGUCGGGACAAGGCUCCGGACCUGGUAUCCGAGGAUGAGGAACAGGUCCCGCAUCCAGUUUUGGCUCCCGUGGUCUUUUUCUGGCUCAAGCAGACGACGCGUCCCCGCAGUUGGUGCCUCAGAUUGGUUUGUAAUCCCUGGUUUGAGCAUGUCAGCAUGCUUGUAAUCCUCCUGAACUGUGCCACCUUGGGGAUGUUCCAGCCCUGUGAAGAUGUCAAGUGUCAGUCCGAGUGGUGCACCAUCCUUCAGGCAUUUGAUGACUUUAUUUUUGCAUUCUUUGCUGUUGAGAUGGUCAUCAAGAUGAUUGCCUUGGGGAUUUUUGGACAGAAAUGUUACCUGGGAGACACGUGGAACCGUCUGGAUUUCUUCAUUGUGAUGGCAGGGAUGCUGGAGUACUCACUGGAUGGGCACAAUGUCAGCUUGUCUGCUAUUCGUACUGUGCGGGUCCUCAGGCCUCUCAGAGCUAUUAACAGAGUUCCUAGUAUGAGAAUACUGGUGACCCUGCUGUUAGAUACUCUGCCUAUGCUAGGCAACGUCCUUCUCCUUUGUUUUUUUGUCUUCUUUAUAUUUGGGAUUGUCGGAGUGCAAUUGUGGGCUGGCCUGCUGAGGAACAGGUGUUUCUUAGAAGACAAUUUUAAAACGACUUACAAUCUAUCUUUUUUAACCCCAUAUUACAAACAAGAGGAGGGUGAAGAAACCCCAUUCAUCUGCUCCACCAAUAGGGACAACGGGAUGGUUAGGUGUCCAGACAUCCCACGCUUGAAGGAAAAUAGAGUGGAGUGUUCUCUCAGCAUGUUCUACGACAGCCACCAACACAACAGUAUGGACGUGGGAAACAUAAAUGGCUGCAUAAACUGGAACCAAUAUUACAAUGUAUGCAAGACUGGGGACCUGAACCCACACAAAGGAGCUAUUAACUUUGAUAAUAUUGGAUAUGCCUGGAUCGCUAUUUUUCAGGUCAUAACUUUGGAAGGCUGGGUGGAUAUCAUGUAUUAUGUUAUGGAUGCACAUUCUUUUUACAAUUUUAUAUAUUUUAUAUUACUUAUAAUAGUGGGCUCGUUCUUUAUGAUUAACCUGUGCCUGGUUGUGAUUGCAACCCAGUUCUCGGAGACAAAGCAGCGUGAAAACCAACUCAUGCAGGAGCAGCGCGCCCGCUAUCUCUCCAACGACAGCACGCUGGCCAGCUACUCGGAGCCGGGCAGCUGCUACGAGGAGCUGCUCAAGUACAUCAGCCACCUCUAUCGCAAGGUGAAGCGACGAGUCGGGAGGCUGUACAGCAACUGGCAGAACAAGAGGAGGAAGAAAGUUAACCCCAACAGUAGCAACAGUGGUGGCGGUAUAAACAGACAAGGCAGAAGGUGUAGAAACAAGCGCCGAAUCCGAUCGAUCCACCAUCUGAUUCACCAUCACCACCACCACCACCAUCAUCACUACCACAUCAGCAAUGGCAGCCCCCGUGGCCUCAGAGGGAACUCUGAGAUCUGUGAUGUCAUGGAGAUGAGAUCCAUGAGACCUGGGAGUCAGUUAAUGCUUCAGUCGCCUUCCCCCAAUCUUCAAAGCCCCUCACCCGGCACAGAGUCGGUUCACAGCAUCUACCACGCUGACUGCCAUUUCCAAGGGUCACAGGUCAGACGCAAGUCUUACAAUGCAGCAGGGAAUGUUAAACUGAUCAGCGGGAUUAACGGAGGCAUGAACUAUCCCACCAUCGUCUCCUCCAUGUCCAAUAGUAGGUCCAGCACAAUGCCAAAAUCCAAGGGGAAAAGAAAUGGCAAUCACCCCAUGAGUCUAAGCAGGGCAGCAGGUCAUACCAGCAUCCCAGAUCCCUAUGGGAAGAUGCACCAGUUUGUGGGAGAGCAUGGUGUGUAUCGGACUCCCAGCCGCCUCUCUGGCCUCAACAUGCCUUGUGCAGUUACGAGCAAUCAGCCCAGCCUACUGUCCUGUGAGCUGGCCAAAUGCCCCUACUGUGCAAGCGUACUGGACAACCCUGAGUUAGAUCUCAGCGACUCUGACAGUGGCGACUCUGACGUUGUUUACGAAUUCACACAGGACCUGCAGCGCGGCACAGAGCACACGAACCGCCAGUCCUGGAGAAAAAAGAAACCAAAGGAAAAAAACAAGCUUGCACAAUGCUGGGAUUUAUUCUGCCAGAAACUGAAAAGGAUUGUGGAAAGUAAAUAUUUUAAUCGUGGGAUUAUGAUAGCAAUCCUGAUCAACACUUUGAGCAUGGGGAUAGAGUACCAUGAGCAGCCAGAUGAGUUGACAGAUGCCCUGGAGAUCAGUAACAUUGUCUUCACCAGCAUGUUCGCCCUGGAAAUGCUGCUGAAGCUCCUGGCAUUCGGCCUCUUUGGAUACAUUAAGAACCCCUACAACAUCUUCGAUGGGAUCAUUGUUAUUAUCAGUGUGUGGGAGAUUAUCGGGCAGUCGGAUGGAGGCCUCUCGGUCCUCAGGACAUUCCGGCUGCUCCGGGUCCUCAAACUGGUGCGUUUCUUGCCUGCGCUGAGAAGACAGCUCGUCGUUCUGAUGAAGACCAUGGACAACGUGGCUACUUUCUGCAUGCUGCUCAUGCUCUUCAUCUUCAUCUUCAGCAUUCUUGGAAUGCAUCUUUUUGGAUGCAAAUUUAGUCUGACAAUGGAAAACGGAGACACAAUUCCAGACAGAAAGAAUUUUGAUUCCUUGCUGUGGGCGAUCGUCACUGUGUUUCAGAUCCUCACUCAAGAAGAUUGGAAUGUGGUCCUCUAUAAUGGAAUGGCAUCCACUUCCCCCUGGGCUGCUCUGUAUUUUGUGGCUUUGAUGACGUUUGGAAAUUAUGUGUUGUUUAACCUGCUGGUCGCUAUUCUGGUGGAAGGGUUUCAAGCAGAGGGGGAUGCAAACCGGUCUGACACAGAUGAAGAUAAAAUGUCAACAAACUUUGAUGACGAGGACAAAUGCAGGGACUUGCAUUCAUCAGAAUUGAAGAUGUAUUCUUUGAUGAUGACCCCUAACGGACAUGUGGACUCACGUGCUAGCGUAGCCCCGCCCAUCAUCAUGCGCACUGCUGCCACACCCAUACCGACGCCCAAGAGCUCGCCCUUCAUGGAUUCCGUCCACACCUUCAAUGAGUCAAGACGGGCCAGCAGCUCCUCCAUCGACCCCAACGCUUACGACCAGAGGUCCCUGUCCAGCACCCGCAGCUCCCCGUGUGCCCCCUGGGGCUCGGCCAGUAACUGGGGCAGCCGGCGUUCGAGCUGGAACAGCCUGGGCCGGGCUCCCAGCCUCAAGCGGAAGAACCAUUCCGGGGAGCACGAGUCUCUGCUGUCUGGGGAGGGCCGGGGCAGCUACGAGGAUGAGGAUUCGGAUGGUGACAAGUCCAGUAAAGCCGGCAGUGUCUGUGGUGCGUCACUGCAGCACCAUGCGGAGUCCUUGGAUGCCCGCGGCUCUCUCGACCUACCCGAGCUCCUGCAGAUCCCAAUGUUGCGCCACCACAGCAUGGUCGAGCACCAAGACUGCAACGGCAAGGCCCUCCACAUCCCUCACGAGUUCUUCCUUCGCGUCGAUAACCACAAGGACGAGCCCAGUGACUACGAUGAGGACAUUGACGAUAGUUACUGCUUCAGGAUCAGGAAGUUGCUUGAGCCGUACAAACCUGAGUGGUGUAAAGAUCACGAGGACUGGUCUCUAUAUUUGUUUUCUCCACAGAACCAGUUUCGCGUUAUGUGUCAAAAGGUUAUUUCCCACAAGAUGUUUGACUAUGUGGUUCUUGUUUUCAUCUUCCUCAAUUGUAUCACCAUUGCACUGGAGAGGCCUGAUAUUCAACCUCACAGCACAGAGAGGGUGUUUCUAAGUGUCUCUAAUCACAUCUUCACUGCCAUUUUUGUUACGGAAACGACAGUUAAGGUUGUUGCUCUGGGAUUCUUCUCGGGUGAGAAUACCUACCUCCAGAGCAGCUGGAACAUUCUGGAUGGGGUGUUGGUCUUUGUCUCAGUAAUUGAUAUCAUUGUCUCCUUGGCCUCUGCUGGGGGAGCAAAGAUUCUUGGGAUACUUCGGGUUCUUCGACUGCUGAGAACACUCCGGCCGCUAAGGGUCAUUAGCCGAGCUCCAGGCCUCAAGCUGGUGGUAGAGACAUUAAUAACGUCUCUUCGGCCCAUUGGUAAUAUCGUGCUGAUCUGCUGUGCAUUCUUCAUCAUAUUCGGUAUCCUCGGGGUGCAGCUGUUUAAAGGAAAAUUUUACUACUGUGAUGGAUUUGACACAAAAAACAUAACCAACAAAUCUGACUGCCUGCAAACAAACUACCGGUGGAUUCGGAGAAAGUACAACUUUGACAACUUGGGACAGGCCCUGAUGUCGCUGUUCGUGCUCUCCUCCAAGGAUGGCUGGGUGAACAUCAUGUACGAUGGUCUGGAUGCCGUGGGGAUAGAUCAGCAGCCUGUUAGAAACCACAACCCGUGGAUGCUGCUGUUCUUCAUCUCCUUCCUGCUGAUCGUCAGCUUCUUCGUGCUCAACAUGUUUGUGGGCGUGGUGGUGGAGAACUUCCACAAGUGCCGUCAGCACCAGGAGGCAGAGGAGGCACGCCUCCGAGAGGAGAAACGUCUCCGGCGGCUGGAGAAAAAGCGCAGGAGUAAGGAGAUAUACGUGUCUGAAGCCCAGCGCCGCCCGUACUAUGCCAAUUACUCUCCUGCCCGACUCUACAUCCACACUUUGUGUACCAGCCACUACCUGGACCUCUUCAUCACCUUCAUCAUUGGGAUUAAUGUUGUCACCAUGUCCAUGGAGCACUACCAUCAGCCAAAGUCCCUGGAUGAGGCCCUGAAAUACUGCAACUACGUGUUCACCAUAGUGUUUGUGUUCGAGGCGAUCUUAAAACUGGUGGCAUUUGGGUUUCGAAGAUUCUUUAAAGACAGAUGGAACCAGCUGGAUCUGUCCAUUGUACUUCUGUCCAUAAUGGGAAUUACAUUGGAAGAAAUUGAAAUGAAUGCCUCUCUUCCAAUUAACCCAACCAUCAUCCGCAUCAUGAGAGUGCUAAGAAUCGCAAGAGUUCUGAAGCUAUUAAAGAUGGCAACUGGGAUGCGAGCUUUGCUGGAUACAGUGGUGCAGGCGUUGCCUCAGGUGGGGAAUCUCGGCCUGCUCUUCAUGCUCUUGUUCUUCAUCUACGCAGCUCUGGGAGUGGAGCUCUUCGGGAAGUUAAUUUGUAAUGAUGAAAACCCUUGUGAAGGUUUAAGCAGACACGCUACGUUUGAGAACUUUGGAAUGGCAUUUCUUACACUGUUCCGGGUGUCCACUGGGGAUAAUUGGAACGGCAUAAUGAAGGACACCUUGCGUGAGUGCAGCAGUGAGGACAAGCACUGCCUGAGCUACCUGCCUCUGUUCUCGCCAGUGUACUUCGUGACCUUCGUGCUGAUUGCACAGUUCGUGCUGGUCAACGUGGUGGUGGCCGUGCUCAUGAAGCACCUGGAGGAGAGCAACAAGGAGGCCAAGGAGGACGCAGAGAUGGACGCUGAGAUCGAGAUGGAGAUUUCGAGACGGCUCAGCGCCUCAACAGGGGGGAGGCCGCUCGGCCCUGAUAGCAGGGCCAGCUACGUGGGGCCAAGGCCAGACUCCCCAGUACAGGAUGGAGUUAGGUGUGGCAGACCAGGGAAGGAGGAUGGGCAGGAGAAUCUUCUAUCUGUGAGGAAAGUUUCUGUGUCAAGAAUGCAUUCUCUGCCCAACGAUAGCUACAUGUUCCGACCGGUGAAGUCAGCUAACACCCCUUACCCCCUGACAGAGGUUGAGUCUUUUGAUGGAGAACUGCAGUCAGGGUCUGUGAUAUCAAUGCAGUUUGAAGCAGCUGAAGUGGAUUCUUUGCUCCAGGUCCCGGUGACGACUGUUCACUCAAACUCUGCAUCUCCUCUCCAUGAGAAAAGCAGCCUGCCCAAGAUCCCAGCCCAACAGAUUGCUUCCCGAUCUCCCAGCGUCAACAGGCUUCUGCAAAGACAGGAGGCAAUAAAACAUGACUCCUUUGACCCACACAGCGACGAUUUGAGGGACAACCUUCACGGCCAGUCCAGCGACAGUCUACAGUUCAAAGUUCCGGUCCAGAGCAGCCUGACUCUGCCAUUUCUGCGGCCCAUGGCGGUCUCUGCCCACAGCACUCCUCAGCCGUCUCCCCUCCUGCCCCGCCGCAGCCGCACUUCCAGCGUGCACACCCACAGGCUGGUGUACAGCCAGCACAGCAUUCCCAGUCGGCCCUCCAGCCAGACCAGCAGCGCCAGCCCGGUCAGCUCCAUGUUCGAUUCGGUGGAUCAAACGGAUGAGGAGGUGCAGCACAUCAACAGCUCAGCCAAAGAUUGGAGCAAGCAGUCAGAGGCUAGGAGCCACUCCCUGUCCCCGUUCAUCUCCCCCACCCAGUCGCCAGUCCCCCUGAAGAACUGCUGCAGUGCCACCAGCCUGGCAGGAGCUAACAUGAAGGACAAGGACUUGAAGAAGUUUUACAGCGUUGACACCGAGGGGUUCUUGGCUAAACCAUCAUGGACCGAUGACCCACGCAGGCACUCCAUUGAGAUCUGCCCCUCUAUUGACGAUGGAGACUCUGUCUUUGACCAGUCCUCGGACGAUAGGAGGCGUUCUUCUCUGCACGGCCAAUCAGAAUCUCCAUACUCACUGGGCACGCGGAGGAAGAAAAAGAUGAGCCCACCCUGUAUCUCUAUAGAUCCUCCCUUAGAGAAUGAGAACUCUGCCCCUGCUGCGUCUCUAACCAAAGUAUCUGAAAACAGCAUGUUGUUGCGAAGGAGGACACCGUCCUCCGAGUCCACUCUUUACAGGGACUCCCUGGACCUUUUAGAUGCUCAGCCCACGGCGGACCAACCUUCAAAAUCCGAAAAGCGGAUCUCGAUCUCCUGCCUGAAAGAGCACCUUUCCAUCCCCCAAUUCUCCUUCGACCAAUCAGACAUCGGCUCUAUGAGCAGCCUUUCGGACAUCCUGUCUGAUAGUGACCAAUCCACCCCUUCUUCCUCCAUUUCCUUUGACUCCAAAAACGAAACGGAGGCGGCCUCAGAACUGAAGAAACCCGACCACCUUAAAGUUCAGCACACUGACAAUCCUGAAACAAGCAGUAAAGGAUUGCUUAAUGUAAUGAGAAGCCCUUUGAGAAAGCACGGGCUCGUCCGCAUGGUCAGCACAAGGGAUGAAGACACAGACGGCUCAGUCGUAUAGCCGUCAUAGGGUUUAAGGCAAAAACCUGUAUGCGAGCAAAUAAGGUGUUACUACUGGACCCCACUGUUCUCCUGUCCAACCCCUUUACCAGUAUUUUUUUUUUAAAUAAGUUACCAUGAAGGGAGCACAAAAAUGGGAUAUGCAAAAAAAAAAUUCAGAAUGGAACUGGGGUUACCGUCCCACAGCUCAAUCACAUUGAUUUGGGUUCAGUUUUUUUGUCAUUUUUUAAAAUGUGUACUUAUUUACUGGCACUAUAUUGUUCAGAUGCACAGUAUGAAAAAGUGCAACAAA